AUUAUCCUGUUAUCAGUUUAUUAUUGACAGGUCUGUCCAUGUUUCCUGGUCUGUCAGGAUAUAAGAGCAGCUGUUUUCCAGGACCUGCAGACAGAAGAGCUGAAGCUUGUCUGACACUGAAGUGAAGGAAAAAAGGUGAUCUUCAAUCUGCAUCAUGAAGACUCUGAAUGUACUGAUGUUUCUUUGUGCCUUGACGGCUCUGAGUCAAGCUGCUGGUGACAGCGAGGAAACUGAGAUUGAGGAAACGUUUUAUGAAGCCGAAGUUGGAAACUGGACAGAACCAGCAGAUGUAGAAAAUGGACCUGAAGCGGAGGAGGCUGAUCCACAGGCAACAAAUGAUCUGCUUAGGAGUUCUUGUCCUCUUGGUUGGUCGCAGUUCAACCGUCGCUGCUUCAUCUACAUCCCCAGAACCAUGACUUGGGCGAUAGCCCAGAGAAACUGUGUGUCUUUGCAGGCAACCCUUGCAUCCGUCCACA